AUUUUCAAAUUGUGUCUGUCAUUAUAAUUGUCAUUUGAUAAAAAUUCAUUUCAAACAAUUGCAGCAUCGUUUUUCAAAGUUAUAUGAAUUAACUGGCAGCCACCAUAUGAAUAAAGUGCCGGCCGCCAGUUAAUUAUAGGAUUAAACAUUCUUUUUGAAGAAUUUAUCGAUGUGUAAACUCCGGACAUUUUACUCACAAACUGAAUAAAAGUGCGAAUGUUUGAUUCUUAUAAUUCCAAUUCAUUCACUUUAUUUACAAUUGCAAAAAUUUGAAUAGUUUCCCCGCACUAUGUUAUUUGUUUUCAGGCGUGUAUGAAUACAUCGCGUUUUCGGAUUUAUUGAUGUAUAAACUCUUGUUCAGUUUUAUUUUUGUCCAAUCAAAACAAUUGUAAUAAAUAACAUUGGAAUUAUAUGAAUAUUAAUUCUAUACCCUGGCACCUAUCGCUUCCGUACAUUUUAACUAAUUUAUUUGCAUAAAUCAAUUCAUAUAUAUUAAGUUUUUUUCCCUCAAAUGUCUUUUGUAAAGAAUAAAUAGCCAUUGUCAUUUAUGAAAAUAAUUCAAAUUACAAGAUAUCAAUAACUGUUUCAUAUAAGAAAUGAACUUAUAUUCAUAAAUUUAUAAUAUACACAUUUUCUAGGAUUCCCUAAAGUUCUGGGUUGUGUUGAUGGGACACAAAUUAAAAUCUGUACACCAACUGAGAAUGAGGCUGACUAUGUCAACAGGAAAGGGUUCCACAGCCUUAAUGUUCAGAUGGUGUGUGAUCCCAAUUUCAGGGUAACUUCACUUUGUGCCAGAUGGCCAGGUUCUUGCCACGAUUCCAGAAUAUGGAGAACAUCAUCCCUCUGUCAGCAGUUUGAAAAUGGUAUUCAUGAUGGCCUGUUACUGGGUGACUCUGGCUAUCCCCUCACCAGAUACCUCAUGACCCCUUACUUGACACCACGUACACCUGCUGAGGAGAGGUUUAAUGCGAGUUUAUGCCGUACACGGGUUCUAAUAGAACAGACAUUUGGAAUCAUGAAGAGGAAGUUCCAAGCCCUUCAUUUUGGUCUAAGGACAUCACCAGAGCAGGCAAUAGUGUACAUCACAGCAUCUUGUAUUCUACACAACAUAGCCAUAGACAGACAGGACACUAGGAUCAGUGACGACUGCAUAACUAUCAAUAUUAGAGACUGCCAAGCACAGGUAGUACAGGGCCCAGCUGCACCCACCAGGAAUGAUGGUAUUCUGAAGCGAGCUACCAUCACCAAUGGAUUUUUUUAAUUACAGAUGUAUUUCAGUAGAUUAAGUAUCAUAAAG